CAAUUAAUAAAUAAAUAUUUCUUUUUUUUUUUAUUUAUUUACUUUUUUUAAUAAUAAAUUAAAUCGUUUUGUUGUGUUUUUUUUUUAAAAAAAAUAAAAUAUAUUUUUAUAAAAAAAAAUUAUAAACAUUUUCCACACACACACACCUUUUACACACAAAGAUAAAAUUUAGUAUACAGGCUAAAUUAAUAAUAAUAAUAUAGUAUAUAUAUUUUAGAAUAUAUAUAUAAAUAUAAAUAUAAAAAAUGUUUUCAAAUAAAAUGACAGAUAUGGCCAUAACAUUUGGUUCAUUAUUUUUAAUUCAAAAGAUCGAUUUUACAAAUCCACAAAAUGUUUUUUAUGCUCAAUGUGCAUUUGGUGUAAUUCAAGCUACCAUUCUUUUAGCUUAUUUAUAUAUUUUCAACAGUAUCAAAUCCAAACCAAAUAAUACUGUUGUUCGUGUACCAGUUAACCCACCAUCAAUGUUUUCAAAACCAGAUCCAAAUGAACCAACUUCCGAACAAACUGCAUCCGAAUACGAUUUAGCCCAACUUAAAAAGAGUGUCACCCAAUCACUUGUCACUAUUGGUAUUACUGCAUUUUUAUUCUUUAAAAUGGGUAUCAUCCAACCAAUUGCUAUGCAAUCAAUUAUGGCUCCACAAAAUUUCAUCAAGAAUAAAUUAUUCAAAAUCUACGUUUUAGGUCAAGAUGAAUCAAACUUCAAACGUCCAUGGACUGAAGAAAGUCCAUUUUCAAUGGGUCAAAAUGAAACCACCAACACUACCACCGAAAACACUGACAACAUUACCAUUGCUGCUUCAAAGGAAGACGCUAAGGAAAAAACCAUUGCUGCUGUCAAAGGCAAUACUACCAAAAGAUCAACUGUACCAUCAAAAGCAAAAGUAACUGAAAUUUCAAGUAGCGAAGGUGAAAGCAGUGAAGAAGAUGACAACAAAAAAAAAACUAAAAAGAAAUAUUUAUAAAUAAAUAAAUAUUUAUAGAAAAAGGAAGAAAUUUAUUUAAAUAUUAUAAAUAAAUUUUAAUAUAUUAAUAUUGAUAAUAAUAAUAACAUUAAUAACAAUAAAUAUAUAAAAUUACU